AUGAGAGAAGUCAACUUCAGCAUCCCUAAUGUCAACAAGGCCUCUGUCCAUAUUACUACCACCCUCUAUGACCGUCGGGCCCUGGAUUGCACUUCGACCCUCCCCCUUAUAAACUCCCUCAAUCAUCUAGCAUACCUGACGACUUCCUCUGCACGCAUUCGAGAUAUCCUUACUGUCGAUGGCGGCGUUGAGCGCCUUGUCUGCAUAUUGAAGGAGGGCCGAAGCAAGGAUGAAAUGCACAUGUGGAAAUGGAAUCUCGCUUUUCAAUGCAUCGUGAAUAUUGGUGUCCGAGGCUCGGAAAAUGUACGGACGCGUGUGGUGGAAGCAGACAUGGUACCGGUUAUUGCGACAGUUUUGUGGGACUAUAUCUUGGUCAUUGAAAGGGAAAAGGCAAAGGCCGAUGCUGAGCAGGAGAAACGCAAUGGGUCCAAGCACUCGGGGAGCUCGAAAGCAUCCAAACUGUCUCGAGAACUGACACAAGAUCCCGCCACGAGGACUUCGUUCUUUGAGCACCUGCAUGCGGCGACCGAUCAGCGUUCCAAUCGUCGGCAAGCUCCCCCUCCAUCAUUGGAUCUACCUCAAUCCUUUUCGCAGAGCUUUGGCGCUGCAGACACAGGGCCGGCUGAGGGAGCAAGCGUCAUGCCUCCCAGCGUUUUCACCUCGCCUCCCGAACGGACCAUGUUUCCUCGGCGUGAUUUGCACCAUCACAACCGGGGGCACGAGAGCCGGAACUCGUUCCACAGGACCUUCAACUUACAACCUCCAGCUACAGCAGUGCCAUCUAUGGAUACCUCCGACGGAUUCUCAUUGCGGCCAGUGCGAGAGGUGGAUAGAUUACCUUCGAUGCUGCCACCACUGAAUACAGGUGUGACAUCCCAUCCCGACUCGCCAACGACCCCAUCUGCGCCACUUCAUCGCGGAACGCUGUCUCCCGUUGGCCGCCGCAUGAGAAGACCAUCGAUUCGUCAUCAGAACUCUACUGGCGACAACGACGACAUGAGCAUGGAUGACGUGGCUGGUCCAGACGACGAACUCUUAGAUCCCGAGGCUCCAGCUGAAGGUCGAAGCAGGGCCCAAACCCGGGAUCCCAGUCCUCACGAUCUUCACGAGCUGGAGGGCCGACAACCACUGACCCUCGCCAUACCUCCGCAACAGGCUCGAGAAAUCGACAACAAUGUGGACAUUGCUCAACAAACGCCCAUCACCGCCGGUAUGGGUAAUCCCUUGGGCGCGGGUGGUCUUGAGGCCAUGGGUGUAUCUCCCCUUCCUCCGGCGCCCACCACUGCCGCUUCUCCUGCAAUCCCGCUGAACGCAUACCCAAACUUCUUCCUGCGAAAUGCGACCAAUACGGCCACGACCGCCUUGAUGCCCCGCGAUGAAGAUGUUCUUAUGGGCUUGCAACUCCUGGCUUACAUCUCUAAAUACUGCUAUUUGCGCCAUUACUUCCAGGCUACCCAUUUGGUUCCCCGACUGAGAAUCGAUCGAGAGGUUGAGAAGAUCUAUGGACCAAUGCGAGGCUGUGCACUUCUUCCAGAACCCACCGAAGACGAAGACGAAGAGUUUCUGCAACCUGACGACUGCAACAUUUUUCCUCUGGUGGAGAAGUUCACUGUCCGUCACCACUCUAAAGACAUGCAGUACUGGGCAUGUGUGGUCAUGCGUAAUUUGUGCCGAAAGGACGACGCCCGGGGAGGAAUUCGCCAGUGUGCCAACUACAAAUGUGGGAAGUGGGAGGAGUACACCCGCCAGUUUGCCAAGUGCAGGCGCUGCCGUCGCACGAAAUACUGCAGCAAAGAAUGCCAGCGGGAAUCGUGGAGCAUGCACAGGCACUGGUGCCACCUGGAAAAUGCAUACCUCAAUCGCAGGACCAACGCAUAA